CCUCGAGGACAAGGUAUUCGCCCCGAAGAUUACCUGUGGUGCGAGAAGAAGUGGGUCCAUAAGCAGAGCGUCUGUCGUGUCAUCAUCAACACCGAUUUCACACCGAAGUCGCAGAUGCGGCUGUUCCGCAUCCGUGGAUUUACCCAAGUCAACAAGAGAUUCAAUACC